UGGCGUUUUUUUUUUAUAUUUCCUGACAGCCCAGUUGGAAGUAUGUAACUGGUACUGACAUUGUGAUCGGAGGUGAAUUGUUGCCCCAAGUUUAAUCGGUCUUAAUUUCGGUGCAACAGGAUAACUUGUCAGCUUAUUACACUCUUUGCUUGGAAACAAUAUUUGUUGUGUCAGAGAAUAAUAUUACUCUAUCAAGACGAAAACGAUAGACCUGGGAAAACAACUUUGAAAGAAAAAAAGUGAGUAUUAUCACGUUUCUUAUUUUUUAAAGCAAUUGUUCUAACUGGUGUAAAAAUAUAAUCGAACAGGCGAGCUGCAUAAUAUCUUUGUUGUAUAUAGUGAUUAGGUGUGAGUGAAGUGUAAGUUCUGUUCAUGAAGGAAAAAGACAAAUUACUUCAAAUUUAUAUGCAAAGCUCGACGCUGCAUCAGAUUAUAUCUAUUCUAAGUGCUGUAAGAUCUACUGCUGUAUAGGUAGAUGUAUGUGUGUUCUUCUGACUUACUGCAGACUUCAGUUGAGUUUACUGUACUGGGUUAUCGUUUUUACAUCAAUGAAUCCCAGCUCUUGGCUGACUCGUCAAGUACCAGGUGUAGUACCGUUGAACGGAAACGGAUGGCCGGCGUCGGAAGUCCACCGGCGGUCUACAACGCUAGGCUGAGGCGCGUCGUCUUCUCUAGCCGGGAGCAGCACGAGAGCGACCUGCGCUGGGUCAUCUUCUCCAGGAAGAACCACAAUCUGAGCAACGGGCCGGCGCGCGCCAAGUGCGACCGCAAGGAGAAUUCUCCGGCCGUCGCUCCGGAGCACGGCCCGGCCGCCGGCUGCGGCAGCUUCUACGUGGGGAUGGACUCGCGAGACAGCAAGCGCGCCAUAGCGCACCAGCGCUACGUCGACGCCGCGCUCAGGUCUGUCAUCGACCUGCCGUGCCUCCAGCAGUACUAAGGACCGUCUCUUCCGUAGGCUCCGCCCUACAUACUCCACUCUGUUUUCAAUUAUGCUGCACGUAGCUCCUAGAAUGUGCAUUGUAACUAAUUCUUCUCGUGUUGUUUUUUGUGUUUCUAACAAUCCGAGAGCCUCUCAAUUCUUGUAUUCAGCACAUCUGUUUUGAGUUUAUGUGCUAAGAGCUUUCACGGCAAAAAAAAAAAAAAGGUACCCGACUGGGAAUCUUCAGUAAGCAGGCUCUUCCCCUGAAAGAAGCUAAAAAUACAAGGAGAGGCUUCGGAACAAAUAAUUUUAUACAAUUAACUAAUAUGAUCAUAAAUUGCUUGUUUUGUGUUAUAAUUUUUUUUUGCAUUUUUUGUUUCUCCCUCUUAGACCAUAGUUGCUUCUCGUUUUUUUUUUUAAUUACUGUAUAGCUUUCUACUUUUCACGCACAAAGAUAUACUGAGAAAUUUAAAUUUCGUUGUUCUCUGCUUUAGUAAGAACUGUCAGCACUGAAAAGAUAAUGCCAAGAGAGUCUUCGAGAUAAGUAAUGUAUAAAAAUUAAUUCCUUUGUGUGACUAUAGAUUCAAUUUCCUUAUUUUUUUAUUGUUGUUAUUGUUAGUUAUUUCUGUCACACCAUAGUUGCUUCUCAUUGUUUGUCUAAUUAUUGUAAUUUAACAGCAUUAGAUUUCUUUUGGUUUUCAUGCACAAACAUGCAGUACUGAGAAAUUUAAAUUUCUGCGAUUUAUUAUUUGGAGUCUGCACAGAAAAGAUGAUAAUGUAAAGACACCCUUCAGGAUCAGUAAUUUAUAAAAUUAAUGACUGUGCGAGCCAUUUCCAUCGUGUACCAUUGUUGCUUCUCAUUGUUUAUCUAAUUAUUGUAACAACAAGAUUAUCUAUCUUUUGCUUUUCAUGCACCAACAUGGUACACCAAGAAAUUUAAAUUUCUCCAACAGAAAAUAUGAUAAAAAUCUAGAGAGAGGCUUUGAAGCAAGUAAUUUUACAAUUAGUUCCUGUUAAUGUAAAUCAUAAUAUGUAAUUCCAAUUCAUUACUUCUUACUCUUAUACAUACAGUGGAUUCUCAUUGUUUAGGCAAUUAUUGUAAUAAUUGUGUGUUCCGUGCAUAAAGGUGCUACUCAGAGAAAUUUAAUUUUGAGUGCCUCUCCCAUUUAAUAAGAUACUGCACUGAACAAAAUGAAAAGAAUAUGUAGAGAGAGGCUUCAAAACACAUCGUUUAUGCAAUUAGUUCCUGUGAUUAUAAAUUAUUAUUUUUUGUAAUUAUCAUUAUUUUUGUUCUUAGACCAUAAUGGCUUCUCAUUGUUUGCUUAAUUAUUGUAAUAUAAUGUUGUUAGCUUUGCUUUGUGUUACUUUUUGCAGAAGUCAUGUGCAAUGUCAAUUGUUAAUUUGAAAUUCACGAAAAUUAACUCUCUGCCUUAGCAUUCAAAGAGAAAAAUUAUCUAAAGCAGAUUCAGAUAUAUGCACAAUAAUGUGAAUUCAAGGACGUGACUGGAAUUGUAACAUUUAUAGGGUUGCAGAAAUUGUAUGGGGCUUUGUUGGCGUCAGUUUUAUUACACGAUUGUAUGAUGUAAAUUAUUUACUUUCAUAAUACUUGGGAAUAGCGAGUUUCGGUUUUGGCAUCAGCACAAAGGUUAUGUUAUGAAAUUUAGUGCAGGUGGUACCAAAAGAAGCUGUCUUUUGAAAGCUGGAGAUAAAAUCUAAUUAAUGAUGUAUAUAGGAAUCGUUUUGUGCAGUCAAAUGUAAGUAUUUAUAGUGCUCUACAAUGGAUGUAAAUUUUAUUUAUUUUUUUGUCAGAACAUUGUUGAGAAACAAAGAUGGCCAUGGUGUAUGACCAAUUUAUUUUCUGGAAGUGUAAUUUAUGACUUUUAUUAACUAUUUUUAUGCAUUGUGAUCUGAUCUUGUUUAUAAAAUUGCAUUUUUAGUAUAUAUGCUUGUUAGUGCUGUGAUUUAAUGCUUUCAAUCAGUCCGCAUUAACCAUGCCGACAAGUGUUUGUAGAAAUUUGGCUUUUGUUGCUUAUUAGUUAUUCAGCUGUGUUUCUGUAAUUUUGGCAAUUAUUUUAACUACAUUUGCAAGAUUCUGUUGUGAAUUUUGUGACUUUCUGUAUUUGCUGUUGAUUUUGUUAAUAGUUUCAGGUUGUCAAAUAAAAUUAAUGUAAGUA